AAAAACGCUAAAGUUUCGGACAAAUCCAAACAGCGGUGAACAAGCGCGGACCGCAACAGUGAAAGGAGACACCAAGCAACCAAACGUAAAUAUUAAGGCAAAUCUUUGUUUAAUACGCGCGACGUUUACAACGCAUCGUUGACAUAAACUCAGUCGCCAUCCAAGACGAAGAAGACUUACCAACGCACUCCGCGUCGCGUCGCGUUGCGUUGCCCAAAUCAUUUGUUUGUGUUCUCAGCGGUGGUGCAGCAGAAGCAGCAGCUAAUAUGAAAUCAAAAUUAACCGUUUUUGUAGUGUUUUGCGCGUAAAGAAAAAAAUUCCAAACAAUAACAAAAUACAGCAUCAACACAAGUUUUAUCGCCCAUAUAUUUCAUAGAAGAAGAGAUAAAGCAAUUACAUACACACACAUUAUAUAUUUUGUACUUGAACGUUCGUUACCAACAAGGAAUUUGGUAUUUCAUCGAUCGAAAUCAACGUCAACAACAGAGAUCAGUGCUGAUCAUCAUCAAGAUUAUUUUCGUUAUCUCUUUGGCAGUGCCCAGAAACUAAAGUUCAGUUCCUGUUUCUGUUACGGUUUGUUGUUGUUCCUCGAACAGGAUCGCAGGAAACACAAAGUCAGCGAAAUAACACAGUUAGAGUAACAACACACAAGAUGUUUAGUCCGGAAUACGAGAAGCGCAUUCUGAAGCAUUACAGUCCCGAGGCGAGAAAUCUAUUUGGCAAUAUUGAAUCAUCGACGACACCAACAUCGCUGGAUCGCUUCAUUCCCUGCAGGGCACACAACAAUUGGCAGACGAGCUUCGCGUCCAUUAGCAAGUCCAAUGAUAACUCGCCACAGACGAGCAAAAAGCAAAGGGAUUGCGGCGAAACGGCACGCGAUAGUUUGGCCUAUUCGUGCCUCUUGAAGAACGAGCUCCUUGGCUCGGCCAUCGAUGAUGUGAAGACCGCGGGCGAGGAGCGCAACGAGAACUCAUAUACGCCGGCGGCGAAGCGCAGCCUCUUCAAAUACCAAUCACCCACCAAGCAGGACUACAAUGGGGAAUGCCCGUACUCGUUGUCGCCGGUGAGCGCCAAGAGCCAGAAGCUGUUACGAUCGCCGCGCAAAGCGACGCGCAAGAUUUCGCGGAUACCAUUCAAAGUGCUCGAUGCGCCCGAACUGCAGGAUGACUUCUAUCUCAAUCUGGUUGACUGGUCGUCGCAGAAUGUGCUCGCCGUUGGCCUCGGCAGUUGUGUAUAUCUCUGGAGCGCGUGCACCAGUCAGGUAACCCGCUUGUGCGAUCUCAGUCCCGAUUCGAAUACAGUGACAUCCGUGUCAUGGAACGAACGUGGCAACACUGUUGCCGUGGGCACACACCAUGGCUACGUCACCGUCUGGGAUGUGGCAGCCAACAAGCAGAUCAACAAACUCAAUGGACAUUCGGCACGCGUGGGUGCUUUGGCCUGGAACAGUGACAUUCUGUCGAGUGGAUCGAGAGAUCGUUGGAUUAUUCAGCGCGACACUCGCACACCUCAGCUGCAGUCGGAGCGACGUCUGGCCGGCCAUCGUCAAGAGGUUUGCGGCCUCAAAUGGUCGCCGGACAAUCAGUAUUUGGCCAGCGGUGGCAACGACAAUCGGUUAUACGUGUGGAAUCAACACUCGGUGAAUCCGGUGCAAUCGUAUACGGAACAUAUGGCGGCAGUGAAAGCAAUUGCUUGGUCACCGCACCACCACGGACUGCUGGCCAGCGGCGGCGGCACUGCCGAUCGUUGCAUACGCUUCUGGAACACGCUGACGGGUCAGCCCAUGCAGUGCGUGGACACUGGCUCGCAGGUGUGCAAUUUGGCCUGGUCGAAGCACUCAUCGGAGCUGGUCUCCACACAUGGAUACUCGCAGAAUCAGAUACUCGUGUGGAAAUACCCGUCGCUGACGCAGGUGGCCAAACUAACUGGCCACUCGUAUCGUGUACUCUAUUUGGCACUCAGUCCGGAUGGCGAGGCGAUUGUUACGGGCGCUGGCGAUGAGACGUUGCGCUUUUGGAAUGUGUUUAGUAAGGCGCGCAGCCAGAAGGAGAACAAAUCGGUUCUCAAUCUGUUUGCCAACAUCAGGUAGACGACGCGUCAGGUGGGGGGACACACACCAAUCAUAUUUUGACUGAGCGAGGCGCCAAAGGUAAACAGCUACUAAGCAAGCAAGCAACCAAUCAAUCAACCAAUCAAUCAAUCGAUCGAUAACCUGGGGCUAAUAACUAUGCACUCUCAUCAUCUCAUCUACAUGUAAUGUGUGUGCGUGUGUUUCAGUAACCAUAUUUACUAAAUUUAUGUUAGCAUUGUGAAAA